GGGUGACCACUGACAACACGUGCUGACUUUCUCACUCAUCAUUCCUAGGUUAUUUACCUUCUCUAGCCUCUAGAUUGAUGGUGUAGCUGUCAGCUACCUUGUGAUUGAUGCUGCCAGUGGCUAGCAGAGGCGGUGAAUUGAUGUGAUACAGAGACAUAAACUGGACCACAAUGGGAGCUCCUUCAAAAAAGUGUGAGAUGAACUUCCAUCAGAUUCACAGGCUCCUGACGUGCUUCGAAGAGGGUCAGUCAAUUAAGAGGUGUGAUCGUUGGGCCGUAGUGAGAAGAGUUAGAGAAUUUUUAAACAAGUUUUUAACUCUUAGUAACAGCCACUUACUGAAGGGUUGGCUAAAAACCAGACAAGAGGAACUAUUUUCUGUGUCAACUCACUUCCUGAAGCUUAUUGUUGUAGGAACAAGACGUGUUAAAAAUGUUAAUAUAGUCGAAGACACUGUUGCAGAUGACAUCAAACUUGUUUAUGAUAUCUUGGGUGGCAAGAGCAAGGCCGUGGCCAUGGUGUCACUGAAGGCCGGGGAAGUCAUCACUGAAGGCCAAGGGCUGUUGUACAUAUGUCAAGCGCAGGUGUAUGGCCUCAUCGUCAGAGAAGUUGUGAAUCAUUACCUGGCUGGUGUGAACCCUGAGAGCGAGGACGACAUGUGGUGGAGCAUCUUGUUGUACCGGCUGUGGCUUCUCAGCUGUGAAGGAGAAACAAGAAAAAGGGGACUGCUGGAAAUUUUGGCACUUCUUCCUUCAAUUGUGUCAAGAAGGCGUCUAGGUUCUGGUUCACCUAGAGUUAAGAACAUAGCCACCAAGUCAUUAUUUAAUGUUCCUAUGAAUAAACUGGUUAAGAUGGCCCCAGAAAGCCUUCAGCUAUUGAAUCCUGAUCAAAACCAACCACCCAUUGAUUGUAAAGACCCAGAGGUACAGCUGGAGCUUAAGUCACUUAACAAUCUUCUGAAGAGCACUAUUCAUCAGCUUAAAACUAUCAUUAGAGCCACUUCAAGAACAGGUAUUAUGAAGUAUCCAGAAUUAGAAGAGUCAUUACUUAUGAGAAACCCUUCGGGGUAUUCUGUGUGGAAAACGCCACUGUACUCAACACUGGAAUUAAAAUCUUGUAGUACUUCAAUGAUUUCUCCUGUAUUGCAGAUACCAAGCACUGUUAAUCAAUGUUCUAAAGAUCUUGAAGAGGCUUCUCCACCACAGAAAAAUAAAGAGGUGAAAUCAUCAGCUGGAAUACCACAAGAAAAUUCUUUCGAUUUCCAAAAUAAAGAGAAGCCACCCCAGGGAUCUUUUUCUAUUCUUUCUAAUGUCGAAAGAAUAUCAGAGCCAAACACAGACAUCUUUGAAUCAAAUUCUAAUAUACUUGAAUCAAGCAAUCUAUGCUCAUCUGAAGACAGGAUGCCAAAACAAAUUUCUACUAGUCCCUCAUCUCUCAAACCUACAGCAGGAAAGGAAUGCAAAACCCUGGCAAGAAACAGGCUAAAGGUGAACAAAAGUCACAGGAAACAUGAAAGGUCUCCAUGCAGUGAGAAAGACGAUUCCCAGAUUAGCUGCUCCUCUUUUUCACCAAGUUCUGUUCAUUCUGAUUGCAGAAAAAUGAAGAGACAAAAUGCAUUAAUGUGCAGCAGAUACAGUAUAAGCGGUGAAGCAAAAAACAUGUCACAAAACAGUGAUACAAGUUCUAAAAGGCUGAGAUUGUCUUCAGAAACAGAAAUUGAAUUUUUAUCAGGAGGUUACUCAUUAACUCCUAAUACAACAGAUGAUGUAUGUGAAAAUAUAAAAUGUGACAAAGAGAAGAGGCCUAUGAAAAUUAAGAAAUGGAAUAUGACUAGAAGCAGUGUUAGAGAUAAUAUGGCUAUGAGAGCAGGUGAUGAACACACACACAAUGAAUGUAAGAAUGUUCAAGAAACUUGUUUAAAAAAUGAUAUUGUUGCAGAUGGAAGUAGUCAUGAUGUUAAUGCAGUAUAUGUAGGGAAGGAACUGAGUGAGAUGCAGAGUGAAAUAUAUGAAAAUGUGAAUAACGAGGAAAAUAUGACAUCACAGCAAAAUGAGAGAGAUAAGAAAAGAGAUAAAUCUACUGGCAUAGAUAAUGAGUUGGUAAUAUAUGAGAGUGAUGAUAUGUUUCAAGCUGCAGAUGAUGAUGAUGAACAUGAAUCAUUGGCUGAUUGUAUUAAUAAUAGUAAAAAUAAUGAAGUGCAGACUGGGGGAGACUUGAGUAGAGCAGAGUUGAACUCCAACAUUGUUGAAGUAAAUUUAAAAGAUGGUUCUCAUGACAGCAUCAACAAUCAUAACAUAGGUAUUAUAGUGAACCAUAUUGAAGAAAAUACUGAGAGAAAUGAUUGUUGGCAAUCAUGGGUGAAUGAUAGUCAUAAUCAGGAUAAGAUCAAAAUUAAUAGUUCUCAGAAUGAAACAAAAAGUAAGAAUAAAUUCAUAAAGAACAGUUUAAAAACUCUUCAAAUUAAUAAGCCAAAAAAUUUAACAAAGGUCAAUGACAGUCAGAAGCAAAACAUUUUACAUUCUUGUGAAUAUAUAGGCAGCGAGGGAGAGAAUGACAGUGCUGAGUACACAAGUGCUGUGAGUUGUCAGAAUGGAGACAAAAAAUUCAAACAACUGGUAAACUGUCAUGGGAGUAGACUAGAUAAAAUACAAAGCAAUAACAAUGACAGGCUGAACAGCAAUCGGAAAAAUUCUCUUCACUUACCAGAGCUGAGAGAGAGAAGUCUGACAGUGUCAAAGAAUGUGGAUGUGACAAAAUCAAGUGAUACAUUUGGUGUGCAACCCUCAGUUGCAUGCACUGUGUGUGAAUGUGAUCACUCGUACAUAGAUAACAAUACUACUGAUGUUGGGAAGUCUAGUUCGGAUCAUUUAAUAUGUUCGGCAGACAUUUUGCCUGUUUCUUCAAGCAUGCAAGAAUUAACCACAGGAAAAAAAAAAGUGAAUUUUGAGACAGAAUCAGACAACAAAAAGAACAGCAAGACACCUGAUUCAACCAGUGAAAGGUCACCACUUGAGAAAUGCAAUAAUUGUGAAACAGAUGAAGAAAUUAAGAACAGUGAAGGGGGAAGCAUACAGUUAAAGAAUAAAAGCACAAACAGAGGCAAUAAUUCUGUGGACAAGUGCAGAACAACCAAGAACAACAAGAAACCUGAAAGAUCAAAUAAAUUCAAAGUGAAAGACAUGCAAGUAAAAAAUACGCAGCCUGUUCCUGCCAUUUCGUCUUCUAAAAACAUGACAACUUUAUGUGGAAAUAUCAAAGGAGUGCCGGUGGAGGACAGAUGUCAUGUUCCAGAAGGCUUUAAGCGCAUCAUUGUACCUCGACUUUCCAAAACAUCCAACAAACUGUGCAUCAAGACUGAUGUUUAUGUGUAUACGCCAGAUGGGAAGGCACACAAUUGUCGGAAAAAAUUAAACAAUUAUAUCGAAAGAAAAUCUCUGAAACUGGAUGGAAAUGCAGACAUGAAUAAAAUAUUCAGAAUGUCUCCUUCCACAAAAAGAAAAGUGAUGCAGAGGAAUACUCAUCUCACUCAAGUAGUUGAAGCUAAUAAAAGGAAGCUUCAAAACCCAGGUAACCCAUAUUGCAAGAUUUACUUACCACUCGGAGUAACCAUUGAGAAGUCCUUUAGUGCACUCAAGGGAGGUACGUCACAUGGAGACUCUUCUAAUAAAGGUGGUAGAGAGAUCAAUAAAGGAGAUAAAAACAAAAUUUAUAAAACAUUCAAGAAAUCUUGGAAUCAUAGUUUUAGUACAAAUAUAAAGAAAUGUGUAAGAAAAAGGCAAAAGAUAAAUAAACUGAAAGUUUAUAAUGUACAGAAAGAUGAAUUACAACCUCGAGGUGGUAGAAAGAAUCAUGAACCUUCCAGUCAACAAGGGAAAGGUGUUGGAACAUCCUCAAUUGUAAAUCACAAAGUAUUGGAUCCUUAUGAAUUUUCUGAAGAAAACAGUGCAAAUGCUGGUAUUGGAUGUAAGAUGCUGUCACUGACACACACAAGGACAGUUACUGAUGCCACACAAGAGAACAUUGAAUGUAAUGAACAAAACUCUGCUUUUGAUGAUAGUAGUUUAUGUAAUGAAUUUAGUAGCACUGAGCUUGCAGAUGUAGAAUCAUUUCCUGUAGAGAAAAAUAUAAAUCUUCAAAAUGCUUCUUCCAUAUCCGCAUCAACAAAUGCUGUGGAUGGUAUUAGCUCUGGCAACUCUAAUGGGAAAAAUUCACAGCCCUCAGAGUCAGAUGAGAAUCUUUAUGAUGGUAUACAAGAUGCAUGUCAGAUAAGACAUAAUAACCUUUGUAAACUCUCACUUUCUGACCUUCAAGAUAAAGCUGAUUUGAAACUGAAUUGUAUAGACUCUGGAAGUGGAGCACAGUCACAGGAGGGAUGCAAAGGUGGUUUGGUGAUGACUUCACCCAAUCAAACUUAUAUGCUGGGUUUAUCAGAAAAGAAAAAUCAGAGAAAGGAGCAGUUCACAUAUUGUGAAGAGCAUGGUGUAAUGACCUCUGAUGGUAAUGAAUCUCUGGGUAUCUCUGAUGAUUCUAGCUACACUACUGCAUGUAGUACUGAAUAUAAUACAUAUACUUGCAAAAAUAUUAACAAGAACGGUGACAAAACUACACAACAGCACAAGUAUAAUCAAGAGAAAGUACUUGAUUCUGUACAUGAAAGUUUACAUGACAAAGAAAUUGAAAAUAGUGCCAAUAAACAGAAUCAUGCCAGUGAGACCUCAGUGAAUUCUAAAAGUGUUCAUAAGGAUAAUGUUGUAUCUGUAAAUAUGAAAAGUUUGGAUAAGAGUGAUACACACACUCCCAGUUUUAGUACUUUCAGGAGCAGUGGAAGGAGGAACAAGGCUGAGGAUCUUAAUACACCACAGAAUCAAACUAUUCAUCAACAAUCAUGUGACACUUCAUCGAGGUUUAUGUAUGCAAGCAAUAAGGAGACACAAACGAGUAUAUCAGAUCUGAAAGAAUCUAGAGCUCGGAGAAAGGAAGAUGACAAGAAAACUGCUCUUAUACCUUUACCAGCUGCUCUUAAUACAGAAAAUACAUUGUUGGAAUUAAGAUGUUUUAAGCUUUUUCCACACCAUCCUAAUAAUUCUUAUUUAAUUAAUUCUCAAUUUUUCACAAUAUCUCCACAUGAGACAGAUUUACUAACAGUAGACGGCUCUGUAUUAUCAACUCGGCCAUAUUUAGGAAAUUUGGAUUCAUUGCUGAAGCAUAAUAGGAAAAAGCAAAGUAAAAAAUGCUUUAAGAAAUACGUUGGAAGGACAGUGUGUCGAAAGAAUCUGCUUAAGGCGUUUAAUAAUCAGGCAUGUGUAGAAGAACAGCAUGGUAGUACAUGCCGGCAGAUUGAAAAGGCUUGUGAUGGAUACAAUUCUCAAUCUGUUUCUCCAGCGAAUCUUCACUCGGGUGAUCAUAAUACAGGAAAAAACUUACGUGGUUGCUCUGCAAAACAUUUGCAUCCUAGAACACAGAAUAGCAAUGGUAUACAUUGUUUAGAAACUCUUGAAAUCUCUGAGGCUUGUAAUAAUGAGAGCAAUAAUGAAGGUCACUCUCUAAACUUCCUUGAACAUAUGAAUGAAACUUAUGUCUCGGGAAAUGUUAGUUCUCAGAUUUCUCGGGUAUCAAAAUUGAAAAUAAUGAAGCCACAUGCAAGAUCAUAUAAAUUGGCUUCAUCUUGUUUUGGUAGCCACCUUUGUUACCUUCGAGCAAACCUAAGACUGUCCUCCAGAGGUGUAGAUGAUAUUGUUCAGGAGACUGGAAAUUCCAGUUUGUGUCAAUACCACUAUUAUCACAGUGUGAAGCCAACAGCAGUGUCUCUGUUGAGCCUAACUUUACUCGAAAUGUCUUGCCCACUCUGCCGGUUAGUCUUUUAUGACCUGAGUCCUUGCUGUUAUCAACCUGAUGUACUAGGUAACCCAGGCAUCAACCAUGUUGACAGAGACUCACCACUAGAAACUUUAGUUGAGAAACUGGAAGUUGAGUACUGGUAAGUUCAGUGAUUUAUUACCAUAUUUUGUGCAGUUACCAAUUAAUUUGUAAUUACAGUACAGUACCUGUUUGUUCCUUGUUCUAAUAGGCCUGUGUUUGUAGUACCUCAUCUUUUUAAUUUAUCCUUUUUUGUGUGUAAUUUUCUGUGGUUAUGACUACCUACUCUUUUCAUGACUUUCCAACUAUGUAUCUGCCAUUCAAAAGUAGUGCAGUUAUGUAGUUCUCUAUCCUUUAUACUUGUUUUUCUUGAGUUCAUUAUUGUCAUACAUCUAGUUUUCCAUAGUAAUAUUAUAAUUUGUUUUUGGUUUUCAAAUUUAAUAAUUUAAUGAAUUUGUUUGUGGUUUUCGAUAUUUUUUUUCAGUCUUCCAUAUAACGUAUUUCCGAAGCUUUGAAUCUUAAAUACAGUAGUAAAUACAGUAAUGUACAUGGAAGCAUUACAUAGACACCAAUAGGAAUUAAAGAUUAGAGAUUAUUUAUUUCACCAUGAUACAAUGUUUGUACAGAGGUAGGUGACAGGUGUGCAUGCAGAAAGCCCCUUUGUAUGUAGAGCAUUUCAGGCAAACUUAAGCUGUCUUAAGAUUAAUAAGGCAAUAAUUAAUUGAUUACUAAUUAAUAAAUGAGUUGUGUACCAGGGAUGCAAUGGAACAAGGAAGUAUAGCUAGAGAAUAUGCUCACAAAUGAGCCACAGGGAUAUUAAGAUGUAUAUCUUCAGUGUAAGAGUGGUAAAUGUGUAGAAUCAGCUGCAUGGUAAAGACUAGUAUUGUAUUGUCUCUGCAAUUGCAAAAUUACAUGGUCAUCUGUAAAAAAAUGUCUUGAAGAUUGUGACAAUCCUUACCAGCAGGGAUAUAUUGAGUACUACCUAAGCUUUCAUGCUCAGUGACAGUAUUAAUAAUACAGUGGACCCCCGGUUAACGAUAUUUUUUCACUCCAGAAGUAUGUUCAGGUGCCAGUACUGACCGAAUUUGUUCCCAUAAGGAAUAUUGUGAAGUAGAUUAGUCCAUUUCAGACCCCCAAACAUACACGUACAAACGCACUUACAUAAAUACACUUACAUAAUUGGUCGCAUUCGAAGGUGAUCGUUACGCGGGGGUCCACUGUAUUGUAAGUUUAUUUAGGUACAGGGGCAUAUAAGUACAAUUAUCAUACAUAGCGUAAAUUACCUAGGAU